AUGGCGGAGGGCGGCGGCGGUGGCGGAGCGGCGGAGCAGGAACGGCGGUCUCCGGUGCCGCGGCCCCCAAGCGCACGGGAUCUGCAGUUGGCCUUGGCAGGAUUAUACCAAGAUGAAAUGAAAGGCAAAUCUUCCAAGACGGAUAGACCUAAAGCAUCACUCUUUAAAAGUCCACGAACACCACCUCAAAGGUUCUAUUCAAGUGAGCAUGAAUAUAGUGGAUUACAUAUAGUUCGACCUUCACCAGGGAAAAUUGUGAAUGAACUUUUCAAAGAGGCAAGGGAACAUGGAGCAGUGCCUCUGAAUGAAGCUACAAGAGCAUCAGGUGAUGAAAAAUCUAAGUCAUUUACAGGUGGAGGAUACAGAUUGGGCAGUUCCUUUUGUAAGAGAUCUGAAUACAUCUGUGGAGAAAACCAGUUGCAAGAUGUUCAGGUUUUGCUUAAAUUGUGGAGCAAUGGUUUCAGUUUAGAUGAUGGAGAAUUGAGACCUUACAGUGACCCAGCAAAUGCACAAUUUCUGGAAUCUGUUAAGAGAGGAGAAAUUCCUCUGGAGCUUCAGCGACUGGUUCAUGGCAGCCAAGUGAGUUUGGAUAUGGAGGAUCACCAAGACCAGGAAUACACAAAACCUCGGCUGAGGUUCAAGGCUUUUAGUGGAGAAGGGCAGAAGCUCGGAAGCCUUACACCUGAAAUAGUUAGUACACCUUCCUCACCAGAAGAAGAGGAUAAGUCAAUCCUUAAUGCAGUCGUUCUUACUGAUGACUCUGUGCCAACAACAAAAAUCCAAAUCAGGUUAGCAGACGGGAGUCGUUUGAUACAGAGAUUCAAUCAUACCCACAGGAUCUUGGAUGUCCGAGAUUUUAUUAUACGGUCCCGUCCUGAAUUCGCAGCUCUUGACUUUAUUCUUGUGACUUCAUUUCCAAACAAAGUGCUCACAGAUGAAAGCCUGACACUGCAAGAGGCAGAUGUUCUCAACACUGUGAUACUCCAGCAGCUGAAGUGA